CGUCGUCUCUCGAAGCCUCUUUUACAUUUGUUCUCCGUUUUGGUUAGUUCGAAAGUUGACUCAGGGAACUUAACCAAGAAAUAAAAAUGGUGAACUUUACAGUGGACCAGAUCCGUGCGAUCAUGGACAAAAAAGCCAACAUCCGGAACAUGUCGGUUAUUGCUCAUGUGGACCAUGGCAAAUCAACCCUAACUGACUCCCUUGUGAGUAAAGCUGGUAUCAUUGCUUCCCAAAAAGCUGGGGAGGCCAGAUUUACUGACACAAGAAAGGAUGAGCAAGAACGAUGUAUCACAAUUAAGUCCACGGCUAUUUCCAUGUAUUAUGAAUUGGCUGAGAAAGACAUGGGAUAUAUUGAACAGGAAAAAGAUGGCAAUGGUUUCUUGAUUAAUCUGAUUGACUCCCCUGGCCACGUUGAUUUCUCCUCUGAAGUCACUGCUGCUCUACGUGUGACUGACGGAGCUUUAGUUGUUGUUGAUUGUGUUAGUGGUGUGUGUGUGCAAACUGAGACUGUCUUACGUCAGGCAAUUGCGGAAAGGAUCAAACCAGUUUUGUUCAUGAACAAAAUGGACCGUGCUUUGUUGGAGUUGCAGUUGGAACAAGAAGAUCUUUACCAGACCUUCCAGCGUAUAGUUGAGAGUGUGAAUGUAAUCAUUGCCACGUACAGUACCGAAGAUGGACCUAUGGGGAAUAUUCAGGUUGAUCCAACCAAAGGUACCGUUGGUUUUGGAUCAGGACUUCAUGGCUGGGCUUUCACCAUGAAACAAUUUGCAGAGUUUUACUCAGCUAAAUUCAAAAUCGAGCCUGCCAAGUUGAUGAAGCGAUUGUGGGGCGAUCAAUUCUACAAUGCCAAGGAAAAGAAGUGGGCUAAGACGUAUUCUGACGGUUAUGUCCGGGGUUUCAAUCAGUUCAUCUUGGAUCCAAUUUACAAGGUUUUUGAUGCAAUUAUGAACUUCAAGAAAGAGGAAACAAGCAAACUUCUUGAAAAGUUGAAUGUCAAACUUGUUGGGGAAGAUAAGGACAAAGAAGGCAAGCCAUUGUUGAAAGCGGUCAUGAGAACUUGGCUCCAGGCUGGUGACGCUUUACUUCAGAUGAUAACCAUUCAUUUACCAUCACCCGUCACUGCGCAGAAGUACCGUAUGGAAAUGUUGUAUGAAGGUCCUCAUGAUGACGAAGUUGCGUUGGGUAUCAAGAAUUGUGACCCCAAAGCACCAUUGUGUAUGUACGUAUCCAAGAUGGUACCCACCAACGACAAAGGUCGUUUCUAUGCUUUCGGGCGUGUUUUCUCUGGAAUUGUGUCAACGGGACAGAAAGUUAGAAUUAUGGGACCACAUUAUGUGCCAGGAAAGAAGGAAGAUCUCUACCAGAAGCCUAUUCAGAGAACUAUCUUGAUGAUGGGUCGUUACAUUGAGCCAAUUGAGGACGUCCCAUGUGGUAAUAUUGUUGGACUUGUCGGAGUUGAUCAAUAUCUUGUUAAAACUGGAACAAUCACAACUUUUGCUGAGGCACAUAACUUAAAGGUUAUGAAAUUCAGUGUAUCACCAGUUGUCCGUGUUGCUGUUGAGCCAAAGAACCCAGCUGACUUGCCUAAACUGGUAGAAGGUUUAAAGAGACUUGCCAAAUCUGAUCCUAUGGUUCAGUGUUUAAUCGAGGAAAGCGGUGAACAUAUUGUUGCUGGCGCUGGAGAACUCCAUCUCGAGAUUUGCCUGAAAGAUUUGGAAGAAGAUCAUGCGUGUAUUCCGUUGAAGAAAUCAGAUCCUGUCGUGUCGUAUCGUGAGACUGUCACAGCCGAGUCCAGUCAAACUUGUUUAUCAAAAUCACCCAACAAACACAACAGAUUGUUUAUGGUUGCCGCACCGCUUCCAGAUGGCUUACCAGAAGCUAUUGAUCAAGGUGAUGUUUACCCAAGUCAGGACAUCAAAGCACGUGCCCGACUUUUGGCCGAAAAAUUCGAAUUUGAUGUGACGGAAGCCCGUAAGAUCUGGUGCUUUGGACCAGAGACCAGCGGUCCGAACAUGGUCAUUGAUGUCUCAAAGGGAGUGCAAUACUUGAACGAGAUUAAGGACAGCGUGAUCGGCGGCUUUCAAUGGGCGUCCAAGGAGGGACCGUUGUGUGAAGAAAAUUUGCGUGGUGUGAGAUUUAACAUCCAUGAUGUCACUCUCCAUGCUGACGCCAUUCAUCGUGGAGCUGGCCAGAUCAUGCCGACUGCUAGAAGAUGUAUUUACGCUUGUGUCUUGACAGCCAGUCCAGGUCUUCUUGAACCUGUAUACUUGUGUGAGAUUCAGUGUCCUGAAAAUGCUGUUGGAGGUAUUUAUGGUGUGUUAAACCGUCGUCGUGGUCAUGUGUUUGAAGAGAUGCAAGUCGCUGGAACUCCAAUGUUUGUGGUCAAGUCGUAUCUUCCCGUAAACGAAUCGUUCGGAUUCACGGCAGAUCUUCGUUCCAACACCGGAGGUCAGGCGUUCCCUCAAUGUGUGUUUGAUCAUUGGCAAACACUGCCUGGUGAUAUCUCUGAUCCAACAUCCAGGCCUGGAAAGGUUAUUGUGGACACGAGAAAAAGAAAGGGUCUAAAUGAAGGCAUCCCACCGCUUGAUAAAUACCUCGAUAAAUUGUGAAGCAAUCGAACUCAGGACACGGCGCUAUAGACCAGGAGAUACUUGAUGUAGUGUUGUAAUGAAAUGGCUUAUAUUGUGCGGGUUUAAAAUUGUAAUAUGAUAGGAUUAACUGCCUGUGUAAACUUGAGGUUGCUAAUUAUAUAAAAUAAUCCUAAA